GCUUCGUGUGUGGCGAAGCGGACGCGAUACUGCUCGAAGAAGACGCGAUUUUCCUGUCUCAAGACCAAAAGCAGACGUUGACUGUCUCAUCGUUCCGCGGGGCGUCGACCUAGAAGCAACUCCGGCACGCCCGCCGUCCGGACGUAGCAUCCUUCGAUGCAAGAUCAAUACGCCGUGCAUGCGGAUCGCGAGAUUGACGACGCACGACACGGGAGAAUUGGAAUAGCGGAGAGAGAGACACGUGAGAGGGUUGCUAGAGGAGGGCAGCAGGGAACCAGGAAUACGAGCUUCCGCCAUUGGCAUCCGUAUCGAAGGCUGCAGAGCAAGGGUCUCGAAUCCUGCGAACCAACUUCGCUAACACCAUCUUUAGGCUUUCAUCCAUUCACGCAUGUGCUCCCUCCAACAUGCGGCGCGACGGGCGUAGGCGACUUCCGCCACCCCAGCCUCGUAGGGCCGCAGCCUGUCUCGAGAGAACGCCGCUAUGGCUGCUGGGGGAGCCUCGUAGGGCUGCAUGCGAGACAGCUGACACGCCUCGAAGCGAUGCCUGCGAGCAUACUUCCGUCACACGUUCGAGAAGAGAGCUCUGGCCACCGAGUCUUGGAGACGCCAACGACUCGUGUUUCUGCCUAGGGCCGUUAUGCGAACAGGUGAUGGAUGUUUCGGCGGAGGGGAAAGGAACUGGGCAGUGAGUAGGGAGUCGGGUAUGCUGACCUUUUGAUUAGAAACAUUGGCCGGUUUCUCGACGGAUGCGCUGCGGAAUCAGAGCCCUGGUCUAUUGGCAGUACCGAGCGUUCCGCGGUCGUACGCUUGGGGAUCGAUGGAAGGCAGUUCGCAUGAAGAAAACAGGCCACAGCCACUCUCACCCCCUAGACCCGAUGUCAAUGCACACAGUGAUUGCACAUCUGCAUAGGAUGUAGAUAUUCGAAUCAAGCAGCUUACUCU